AGUACUUACCAAUGAAAAUUCCAUAGUAAAUAUACAUCCAAUACAAUACCUGUAAUCUCUAUCAGACUACAUCUGUUGAUAUGUUAAGUGUACAUAUGAGCGUGCUCUUCUACGUGACUGUAAGCCCUUCCAUAUUUUCUUUUUAACAUUUACUUCAUUAUCAUAGAUUAUUAAAUUAACUUGCGUAGGAAUUUCAUGCCUAAAAAAAAAAAUUUGAAUUCAACUUCUGUUAAUGCCUUGGAUGCAUUUAUUGUCUAUACCUACAGAAUAUGCGGGAUGGUUGAGACUGAGUAUAAGAUAUACUGCACCUGUACUAUAAUGGCCGAAUAUGCAGAAUUUUACAUCUUUUGACAACUCAACAGCCUAAUUUUUAAUAAGAAAUAUUUCAUAGACUCAUUGCAAUUUCAUUAUAUCUUUUUUAUUUUUAUUUCUAAUUCACUCACUGAUUUAUUCUUGUAACUGUGGUAGUAUACGCAAAUAUAAAGAAUAAUUUUCUUUUUCAAAUAACAUCUCCCUUUCUUUCUUUAUUUUUUUUUUCUUUAUUACAAUCUUUAUUUAUUCUUUUAAACAAAUAGAGGGUUGUACCCGACACCCAAAUAUGAUACUAGUGAUUAAAGCUUUCGGGUUUGCAAUAAGACCCACUAUACUGCAGUUUUCUAAAUGUACUCAGAGGGUCGCUCUUUACCAACGGACUAAAAUUAUUAACGCUCUCCACCCAUUUCAUGAUAUAUUCCAGCUUUCUCCUGACACCGAGGACCAUUGCUGCAGAAGCGUGUCUUUAGUUGGGACAUUUUAGAUUGUUAGAUAAGAUUGUUGUAAUAAGUACACAUAUUUGCAGCAAAAGAGGUAUUGUGGACGUUGCAGAAUGGAAAGGAAAACGAUUUCCUUUUCGACAUCAUGUAUUUUGGCUUGUAUUUGGAUUUUGAUUCGCGCUGUCCGUGGAGAUUUGAGCUACACAUUCCCGGAAGAAACAAAACAACAGUAUGUGAUCGGAAAUAUAGCAAAGGAUCUCGGACUGGAUGUGAAACGAUUAUCAGCUCGUAAGGCUCGAAUAGAGGCAGAAGGCAGCACUAAACGGUACUGCGACAUUAAUCUGAGUAGUGCAAAUCUGGUCGUGGUAGAAACAAUAGACCGAGAGAAGCUUUGUGGAACGAAGAUGUCUUGCCUUCUUAAUUACGAGCUUGUGUUGGAAAAUCCUCUUGAUGUGCAUCGCAUUUCACUGCACAUUCAGGAUAUAAACGACAACGCGCCCAGAUUUCCUAAAAGCCGGAUUACAUUUAAUAUGAUGGAAUCAGCCGUUAAAGGAGAACGUUUUCCUUUGGAUGAAGCUCACGACUCUGAUAUAGGCCAAAACGCGGUUCAAGGAUAUUCACUUGAAAGAAAUGAUCAUUUUGUUUUGUCGGUUAAAGAAAACGCAGAGGGAGGAAAAUACGCUGAACUGGUGUUGGACAAAGAGCUGGAUCGUGAACAGACGAAGGAAAUAGAUUUAAUAUUUACUGCGACUGAUGGAGGCACUCCACAGAGGUCUGGUACUGCACUUAUCCACAUCAAUGUGCUUGAUGCUAAUGACAAUACCCCGGUUUUUAGUCAGUCUGUGUAUAAGGUUACUCUGGCUGAAAACGCACCGCUGGGUGCAGAAGUAGUUACAGUGAGCGCUACAGACGCUGAUGAGGGCGUAAACGGAGAAGUCAGUUAUGAAUUUAGUCGAAUAUCUGAUACAGCAGCAAAAUUAUUUUCUAUUGAUAAGACAACUGGUCAAAUUACAGCAAUCGGAAAUAUUGACUACGAAGAGGAAAAGUCAUAUGAAAUAAGAGUGCAGGCCAUAGAUGGUUCUGGCUUAGCAUCCACUGCUAAAAUUAUUAUAGACAUAACUGAUGUAAAUGACAAUGCUCCGAGAAUUAUUCUCAAAUCACUGAAUGAUCCAAUUCCUGAAAAUUCUGUGCUCGGAACUGAAGUAGCCAUAAUUAAUAUUCAAGAUAACGAUUCGGGAGAUAAUCGAAAAGUUAAAUGCUCUAUUCAAGAAAAUGUUCCAUUCAGAUUAAACCCAUCUAUCAAAAACUACUUUUCUUUGGUAACAACGAGCUUGUUAGAUCGAGAGAUAGAAUCAGAUUACAACAUAACAAUCACUGCUACUGAUGGAGGCUCUCCACCUUUAUCCUCAUCCAUGAUCAUUCAUCUAUCUGUAUCAGAUAUCAAUGAUAAUCCUCCUGUAUUUGAACAGCAAUCCUACACUGCAUAUGUAGUGGAAAAUAACCAACCAGGAACCUCCAUUAGUUCUGUUACUGCAAAAGACCCAGACUGGAGGCAGAACGGUACAGUCCUGUAUUCUCUGCUGCCCAGUGAGAUAAACGGUGUUCCAGUGUCCUCAUUUUUAUCCAUUAACUCAGAUACAGGAGUGAUCCAUGCUGUCAGGUCAUUUGACUAUGAAAAGUUCCGAAACUUUAAAGUCCAGGUCGUAGCCAGAGACAAUGGUUCUCCUCCACUCAGCAGCAACGUGACUGUGAGUGUGUUCAUAUCAGAUGAGAAUGAUAACUCUCCACAGAUAUUAUACCCUGCUCCAGAGGGAAAGUCUUUAAUGACUGAGAUGGUCCCUAAAGCUGCUCUCUCUGGCUCUCUGCUCUCCAAAGUCAUCGCUGUGGAUGCUGACUCUGGACAGAAUGCAUGGCUGUCCUAUCACAUUGUCAAAUCUACUGAUCCGGGACUUUUCACUAUUGGGCUCCAUAGUGGAGAGAUCAGGGCUCAGAGGGACAUUACUGAAUCUGACAGCAUGAAACAGAACCUUGUUAUCUCAGUCAAAGAUAACGGACAGCCGCCUCUCUCUGCUACCUGUUCUGUAUAUUUACUGAUUUCUGAUAAUCUUGCUGAAGUUCCCGAACUGAAAGACAUGACUUUUGAGGAGAGCAAUUCCAAACUGACUUUUUAUUUGAUCAUCGCGCUAGUUUCUGUGUCCACCUUCUUUCUGACUUUCAUUAUUCUGAUCCUGGCUGUGAGGUUUUGUCACAGGAGAAAGCCCAGACUGUUGUUUGAUGGAGCAGUCGCCAUUCCCAGCGCCUAUCUCCCUCCCAACUAUGCAGAGGUGGAGGGAGCUGGAACUCUGCGCACUUCUUACAAUUAUGACACGUAUCUAACAACAGGAUCACGCACCAGUGACUUCAAGUUCAUCACAUCUUACAAUGACAGCACUCUUACUGCUGGUGGAACUCUGAAAAUGGCCCAAAAUGACACUUUAGCUACAAACCUUAUUACACUUAACAAUACAGGAGAGGGAGAUGAGGUAAGAAAAAUGUGUCUUCUUUCUGUAGCAGGCUCAUAUGAACGUUUGUUUGUGGUGAUGAUUUUUUGUGAUGAUUUUUUGUGAUUUUGAUUAUCUGGUAAGGUGUUAUAAGAAUGACAGGACAUAUCUGCUUUUGAAAAAAGCAGUUAUAUACCCUGAGGAAAAUGAAUGGUGCUUGUGUUGCUGUUUGUCUCU